AGUGUUGAAUGGGGUGCGGUGGAUUGACUUGACUGUGGUUGUUGCAUUGGUUCAGCGGAUCCUUCGGCACCCAGACGACGUUCGGUGUUAUGCGCUCGAUCGGACGAUCCGGUACGUUCCUGCUGCCUCUGUAGUGUUUGAGUGGAGAGAGAUCUUGUUGGCGCUUUGCUGAUGAAGUGGUUGCAUGUGUGUUGAUACAGAGUCGGUCUUUGGUCUGUGGAGAGGCAUCACGCCCACGCUCAUCGGCGUCAUGCCGGCGCGCGCGAUCUACUUCGGCGCGUACUCGACGUUCAAGGACAAGUUUUCAAGCUACGGCUUGAACGGUCGUGCGUAUAACUUCCUGUCAGCUGCUGGGGCAGGAUCCAUCUCGGCGACCUUGUGCUGCCCCAUUUGGGUCGUCAAGACGCGUUUACAGCUCAUGCCAGCGCACUCGGUGGCUGCUACUGCCGUCGCAACGCGCCAAAAUGUUGUGUCUGUGGGGUUUGCCGAAGUCGAGACGGCAGUUGCAACGAAAGCCAGGCCACAGUUCUCGAGCGUCCGUCAGGUGGCUAUGGACAUGUACAGGAAGGAGGGCCCGCGAGCAUUCUUCCGUGGCUUGUCAGCUUCGUACUGGGGCAUCUCGGAAAGCGCGAUCCAGUUCGCCUUGUACGAGGAGUGCAAGGAUCACAUCGAGGAACCGACGAACCUCAAAUACUUUUUGGCGGCCGGCGCGUGCAAGCUGCUUGCGUCGUUGUGCACAUACCCCCACGAGGUUGUUCGAACACGAAUGCGCGACCAGCGAGCACCGCUGGGUUCGAAGGAGCUGAAGUAUCGCUCCAUGAUCCAGUCCAUCAUCAAGAUUUACAAGGAGGAAGGAAGGCGCGGACUGUACGGUGGUCUGCCGGCGCAUUUGAUGCGUGUCGUCCCGAACGCUGCAAUUCUGUUCAUGGUGGUGGAGGUGAUCGCCAACCAGGACUAAGCCGUCUUCACUCUAGAUCCCGCCCCGCUCUGCUCGACGCCGAUUGCCGUAGUAGAUAGAAGAUGCAGCCGCGGGGCUCCGUAGGUAGGUAGGUAGGUAGGCACUGUAAGUAGGAACCAAUGCAUGCACAAGUUGUGUCACUC